CAGAUGGAGCUGUUUUAGCCGAGCUGGCGCUGCCGGAGCCUCCGAGAUGAGCACGGCAGAGGCUGACUGCUGGGCUUGGCUGCUGGUGCUCAGCUUCGUGUUUGGGUGCAAUGUACUCAGGAUCCUCCUCCCGUCCUUCUCCUUCACGUCCAGGGUGCUGCAGAAGGACGUGGAGCAGGAGUCUCAGAUGCGAGCAGAGAUCCAGGGUAUGAAGCAGGAGCUCUCCACCGUCAACGUGAUGGACGAGUUUGCCAGAUACGCCAGGCUGGAGAGAAAGAUCAACAAGAUGACUGAUAAGCUCAAAACUCACGUGAAAGCACGGACAGCUCGGUUGGCUAAGAUAAAAUGGGUUAUAAGUGUUGCAUUCUACAUAUUGCAAGCUGCCCUGAUGGUCACACUCAUCUGGACAUACUAUUCUGUCCCUGUGACCGUGGUGCCGAGUAGAUGGAUAACUCCACUAGAACGCCUGGUAGCAUUUCCCACUGGAGUAGCAGGGCUUGCAGCAAAGGAACUGACGCCUAGAGAACUUACGUGUCCAGUGUCACCGAAAUGUGAAGUAGCAGGGCUACAGUUCAACCCAAGCCUGCCUCAGUAA